UUUUCGUUCCAAAAAAUGAUCUACAGUAAAAACAAUAAAUCUAAUAAAAAGUAUCCACCCGAAGAUAUCGCUUUUUUGGAAUUUAAAGAUGUUGAAUUCAAUCAAAGUGAUGAAUUUGGUGUAUUAUUUAACGAAGUUACUAUUGAUAAAAAUGAUUUGAAGUACAAAGUAAAUGUUGAAUUUAGAGAGGCGGAGACAAAUGACCUAGUUGAAAAAGCAAUCGAGCACUCUACCACCGAAGUUAGAUCAACACAUGAAGCUGCAACAACUUCCAAUAAUGGUGGAAUCACAACUCAAUCAAACAAAAACAAAACGGGUAAAAAAAGAGCUAAUCAAUUACAAUCUGAUGCUGAUUUUUUCACCAAAAGAUUUUCAAACGAAACUUCAUCUGUUAGUAACAAAAGAGUAAGUAGAAGAGUCAAUAAUUAA